UUUCUGAUAAAUAUUCACAGCAAAACCACUUAAAUGGAAGCGGAAAGCUACCUCAAUAAAGAAAUGGCACGAUGAGGAAAUAAAAAGAAUGCUGGCAUACAUUGCGAGGCAUGGGAAUAUCGAGAAACCCACAGCUCGAAAGUACUACGCAAAAUUGAUGGAGGAAACCAAGAUAAGCGGAACUUGGAACACGUUUAAAUGCAAACUCAGAUAUCUAAAGGGUACUCUGCAGAAGGCCAACACCUGGAGGAAGACGAAAGGUUCGGAGAUCGAUGAUCCUGCCAGAGUUAGAGUGUUUGCAGAGACCCUGCUGCAGUUGUGCCCGCACUAUGAUCAGUUGGUUGUUAUGUUUGGCGCCGAUUUCAAUUUUGAAUCGUCCAUGAGCAACAGCUUGUGGAACACCGAAUUCAACCAUCCGCGCUCGUCGAUAUUAAGCAACGACGACUCGCUUAAUGAGGAGUAUCUGAAAAGCGCAAGCGAUUCGUCCAUGGAUCCCAUUGACUGCUCGGAUUCCGUAUUUGAGACUGAGCUACAUAAUCACCAAAAUGAAGUCGAGGAACCCCAGAAGCCAGAACGGGUGCCACACACGCCGCACACCGAUGCUGCGAAGAAGGUGGAUGAGCUGGACUACAAGGAAGCCAUUCUGCAAUUGGAGGUGGAGAAAUUCCAAUGGGUGAAGGAGAAGGAGCUGAGAAGAAUGAAGUUUGAGGAGAAGAAAUUGCAAGCAGCCGUGGAGCUGAGAAAGCUCGAAUUGGAGCAGGAGGAAAGAAUUGCGAUGUAUGAAAUCAAUAUGAAAUAUAAGGAUAAAUAGAUCUGACGUCAGGACAGUCCCCAGUAC